AACUAUAGCCGCAUAGUGGGAAAUAUUUAAAAGCAGAGAACAAUGUUUUACAGUCAGGAUAUCUUGCAGAAAAAAGGAGGAAAGUUUGGCAUUGUAUGGAUUGCGGCUACCCGACCCUCAGUCUUACAUCGCAGAGACUACUCGAGUGUGAAUGUCAGAAGAACAUGUGAUGACAUCAUACAGUAUAUCGUUGUCCAAGCCCCGCCCCGACAUCCUGGGGGAGCCAGACCAAGAUUUUCUCUCUACCUGUCAGCUCAGCUCAUGUAUGGGGUCGUCAAGGUGUAUGACAGACAGAGCCAAAUCUUAUUCAGUGAUGCCAAGUCAUUGUCAACACGAUUUGGAGGUAUUGGCUUAGGGAAAGAUAUUGACCUUGUUGGCUUACCUAAAAAUGAUUUGAUCACGAUACCUGCCAUAAAUGACCUUGAAAUUCCAACUGGUUUUGGUGAGUUCAACCAGGAAAAAGUCCGAGAAGCAGACGCUGCGGAAAUUCUGGAUGUAGAAUGGCUCCACAUGAGCCAAUCAGAUACCUCAACAAUUACAAUGCAGGAUAUACAUAUCCCAGCAUCCCCUAAAAGUCCCAGGAUGCCAUUUAGACCAGAUUUGCAGUCCCCUAUGGUUGUUGCGAAUGACAAGAUCAGCAUACGUGAAGAGUUGCCUUCUAGUACUGAGAUUAAAAUCCCAGGAGAGGAGGACUUGCCCCCCAUGGACAAAGACAUCAUACCAAUGGAGAUUAUGCAACAUGAAAAUGAGGUACCUUUGAAAGCUGUCCAAGAUUUGAUAUCGCCGGCCCAACGGAGUAUUUCAUCUGAAGAUUCUGCAGCAAAGAGAUCUGAAGAUUCAACAGCCAAAAGACCUAAGAUAUCUGAAGGGAUAAGUGAACCAACCUUGGGGGAGUUGAGUGUAAUUGGGCAAGGGGAUAUUACACCUGCAGUGCAGAUAGAACUUUCUGAGGAGCCAGGGGCACCUGCGAAAACAGCACCCCACACUCCAGAUGUGACAAUGAUGAGUCCACCAGCUAGACCUAGACCAAGACCACAGAGACUGCCAUUGGAGUUAUCCCCAAUCUCACCCAGCCCACGUGCCAUCAGGCGAAGGAAGCACCAUCUAUUGUUUGCUGAUAGGGAGGUACAGAUCUCGAAAAAGCAGAUGAGAGAUAAUAUGAGGGAUGGUCUGUCAACAUGUCAGCCUGUACCUCUGAUUCAGCUUCAGGCUGCAAAAAGGAAACUCAUAGAGCCCAGUAAGCUGUUCUCUAAACCAACCUUAAAAGAGCUACGCCAUAGAAAGCUACUUCCAUUAUGGAGCGAGAAUGCCAAGACAUCACAUGUUCCAGAUGUGCAGACUAACUAUUGGACAACUUCAGAGUCAGGUCAGUCUGACCAAGGUGUCAUCUCUGCUGAUGAUGUCAUCUCUGCUGAUGAGCAAGCCCUGAGGUCCCCUACAGAAAUAGAGUUGGAGAGACGGGGUGAUUUGACUGGAGUUGAUAUCUCUAACGUAGAACAACAAAGAGACCUUCCACCCGAGGAACAAAGUAGGCAACUCGGAGACUCCAUCCAUAGCUUAUUGUCUGAAUCUAAGGACGCAAGUGCUCUAAGCAAGGAUGCAAGUGGGCUAAGUAGUAAACAAUCUUCUGAACCAAAGACCAAGCGUCGCAGAACAGACUCCAUCGAUAAAUCACGUCCUGAUUUGGAAGCCAUUCAACUAGAGCUGCCCUCUGGUGACCAAAUAGAUGAACUACUUCCAACUGUCUUAGAAGAGCAAGAAAUCCCCAUUGUGAGCCCCCCAGGGAGAGUGGCCCCCAUUGUGAGCCCCCAUGGCUUAGAUGCUCCCAUAGUGAGCCUAGAGAAACAUCAAGUUAUAAGCUCAGUGGCAGAUCAUCAAUUACUCCUCAGAAAACUGGCGACACUGACUGUGAACGAAGAAUGGACAACAUUUCACCUGAUGUUUCCCAAUGUCACAACAUCAAGGUCUGAAGCUGCUAGAUUCUUCUCUGCAUUACUAGAUGUAUGUGGUAAACAGAAGAUUUAUGCAGUUCAGGAGGAAAGCUAUGAGGAUAUAUUCCUGACCAAGGGAGACGAAUGGACUGAUGAAAACUCAGACAAUUCCAUCAACAGUUUAGCCUAGAGGACUAUGCAUGAAAAAUACAAGCAAUAUGUAUGUGAAGGAACUUUCCAAAUGGCUAAAGACUUUCUAGACAUCUCACAAUCUACCGAUAUGUAGCAUUAUAGUAGUUAAUGAGGACAUACUCCUGACAAAGGGGAACUAAUGUUCAAUAUACUAUAACAACCUAUCAAUACACUACAACUGUAACACUACAACUGUUCAAUACACUACAACUGUAACACUACAACUGUUCAAUACACUACAACUGUAACUCUACAACUGUUCAAUACACUACAACUGUUCAAUACACUACAACUGUAACUACAACUGUUCAAUACACUACAACUGUAACACUACAACUGUUCAAUACACUACAACUGUAACACUACAACUGUUCAAUACACUACAACUGUAACACUACAACUGAUCAAUACUAGUGUAAUAUAUGACUCCCAUUUUAGCUAAAUGAUAAUGAUUUAAAAGCAUGGGUC